GUUUGGCAAACCACCAUUCAAGAACAUGAUCGUCAACGGCCUGGUUCUGGCAAGACUGUAUCUGAUCAACUCCUCCGUGGUUCGUGCUGAGAACCUGUGCUUCAGAGAAGAGGGGGUGCGAGACGUGCUCAAAGACGUCCUCCUGCCCUGGUACAACGCCUACCGCUUCCUGGUGCAGAACGUCCAGAGACCGCAGAAGGAAGAGGCCGUGGAGUUCCUGUACAACGAGAGCACCGCCAGCGUGAGCGACAACAUCAUGGACAAAUGGAUCCAGUCUUUCACUGAGUCACUCAUUCAGUUCUUCAGAGAUGAGAUGGGAGCCUACAGGCUCUAUACGGUGGUUCCCAAGCUUGUCAAGUUCGUGGAUAUGCUCAACAACUGGUAUGUGCGGAUGAACCGCAGGCGACUGAAGGUGGGCGACAUAUGAGUCAUACACAGUCACGAACAUCAGGCCAAUCUCACCAAACCUGUCACAAAUAU